UUGGUCGAGCACCAGGUUCCACUACGUAACUUCCCAUUAAAGUUUUACCAAAAAGACAACGCGAUGGAACCCAACUACGCGAAGCCACAAAAAAUCGAAGUGUACCGUGAGUUGCUGAAGGUCCGAGGAGGCGAGGGCUAUCAUAUAAUAUGUCAGGGCUGCUUUGUACCUCUGCGCUGUACCUCGAUGAAAAUGUUCGCUGCACACUUAAACCCGAGAGGAAAGGCUAAUUUUUACACGGGCUUCCCGAAAAACACGACCGAUUUUUAUCUCAGUCUACUCUUCUACCACGCCCAAGACUCCCCCUCGGUGAGGGUGAAAUUCCUCCUUCAAGAGGAUGUCAACCACUGCUACGUGCUUGUGACUAUAUCCGAUGGGACGAGCCUGACAGCAAAAUCUGCAGCUUCCAGCACCACCGCAACUCAUGACUCAAGUCUCACUGUUGAUAUGAGGAACGGGGACUACUCUUUGAUGCAGUUUCACAUGCAUGAAUACACAUGCGAUUUCUACUUUGAUACUACCCGCUACGAUGCGUACGACUACAAAUACAGACAUCUGGACUUCGUCGAAAUAUAUGGGACAUAUAGUUGUCUACUGCAAGAAUACCACGUGACGCAGGAUAAGGUGGGCCUCCCCAGUAAUUACUUUACCGAAGACAGCUCAUCGACGAAGUAUCCUGGUACUCCAGGAUAUAUACAAGUCGGAGCUGUUACGACUGUCACUGGAAAAGUCAAUAAUGUCGGAAAGACGGUCGGUGUCACACUCAAGAGCGGCAGCUUCCAGGCGAAGAAGUCGUUCGGCUACCCAUCAUCAAGCGAGCUGUUGAACAUCACCGUCAGGAUAAUGGGCGCCUCUGCGGUGUUGGACGCCAGCUUCAACGAUGAACCCAUUGUCAUCGAGAGUACUGAGACAAUGAAUGGCGGAUCCAUGUAUUUUCUCAACCUUGACAUUCUGAACCUGGUACAUGACUGUGGCGUCUUCACUGGCUGAGAUCCGAAGCCGUCUUUUGUGCCUCUUUCUCAACGAGCGGCACAGUUGCUGGUGAGCUGCUUGGAAUCAGCUACGCCUGUGUGUCGUGUGUGUGUUCCAGUGUCAUUCUUUGUAUGGUUUCCUUCUUUUUAUUUCGUUGUUGUCUGAAUUGCAAAUAAACUGCAGUGAAAAAAGUAAACAUUAUUGCAAGAAUGAUAGAACCGUUUCGUUCCCACGCAACAACAGAGUGUU